AGGCGGCCGCGGCUUGCCGUCGUCCCCUCGCCUGGUCUUGCGCGCUGGGUCUGGGAGCCGUGAAGACCCGGCGGAGCAUCCCGCGCGGCUGAGGCCGGAGGCCGGCGGAGGCGGGGCGCACCGCGAGCAGGGGGCGUGACGAGAGGAAGGCCGAACAGCCGCCACCACGCUUUCCUUCGCGGCGAGACGCAAGCGAGCCAGGCUGAGGGCCGCGGCAGCGAUGCAGCGACGGCGGCGCCUCUCGCCGCCCGCCUCUCGGCUGCGGGAGGACGGCGGGGGCGGGGGCGGGGGCCGCGACGGGAGCGGGGAGGUGGAAGUGCAGUUCUCCGCCGGGCGUUUGGGCUCGGUCGCGGUGGACUCGGCGGCGGCGGCGGCGGCGGCAGCCACGCGCAGCACGGAGGAGGAGGAGGAGAGGCUGGAGCGCGAGCACUUCUGGAAGAUCAUCAAUGCCUUCCGCUACUACGGCACCAGUAUGCAUGAGCGAGUGAACCGAACAGAAAGACAGUUUCGAUCACUUCCAGCUAAUCAACAGAAACUCCUUCCUCAGUUUCUUCUCCACUUGGACAAGAUCCGGAAAUGCAUUGAUCAUAAUCAAGAAAUACUACUGACCAUUGUGAAUGAUUGCAUACAUAUGUUUGAAAAUAAAGAAUAUGGAGAAAAUGGGAAUGGGAAGAUUAUGCCAGCAUCUACAUUUGACAUGGAUAAGUUAAAAUCCACAUUGAAACAGUUUGUGAGAGACUGGUGUGAAAGUGGAAAAGCAGAAAGGGAUGCCUGCUACCAGCCAAUCAUUAAAGAAAUUUUAAAAAAUUUUCCAAAAGAGAGAUGGGAUCCUUCUAAAGUAAAUAUUCUGGUACCUGGUGCUGGACUAGGAAGACUGGCCUGGGAAAUAGCUAUGCUAGGUUAUGCUUGUCAAGGAAAUGAAUGGAGUUUUUUUAUGCUAUUUUCUUCCAACUUUGUACUCAACAGAUGUUCUGAAAUUAAUAAAUAUAAGCUUUAUCCCUGGAUCCAUCAGUUUAGCAAUAACCGGAGGUCAGCUGAUCAGAUUCGACCCAUCUUUUUCCCUGAUGUUGACCCCCACAGUCUUCCUCCUGGUUCUAAUUUUUCUAUGACAGCAGGAGAUUUUCAGGAGAUAUACUCAGAAUGCAAUGCCUGGGACUGUAUUGCUACCUGUUUCUUCAUAGACACAGCUCACAAUGUAAUUGAUUAUAUUGACACAAUAUGGAAAAUACUCAAGCCAGGUGGAAUUUGGAUAAAUCUAGGUCCUCUGCUCUACCACUUCGAAAAUUUGGCGAAUGAACUUUCCAUAGAAUUGAGCUAUGAGGAUCUAAAAAACGUUGUUCUGCAGUAUGGAUUCCAGCUAGAGGUGGAAAAAGAAUCUGUCUUGUCAACAUACACUGUGAAUGACCUCUCCAUGAUGAAAUACUACUAUGAAUGUGUCUUGUUUGUGGUUCGUAAACCACAAUAAUGGUCUCAAGUGAUAUCACCAGGAAAAAAGUUUAAUAAGAGCAAAUCCUGAAAUAAACAACUCAAAAUCAACUAUCAAAUGACAGGACACAGCCUCAAAUCAGUGGUGCCUUCUUAUUCCUAACAAAGUUUAGAAAUAGUGUCUAUUUUCUUAAUAUGUCUAUUGCUUUUUCAGAAAUAUACUAUGCCAUGAAUAUUUGUACUACACAAGUAAAAGUGGAGGAAGUAUCUUUGAGUUUACUUUUUCCUUGAAACCCAGAAUUGUCUUUCAGUAGAAAAAACUUUAUCUCUAGUGUUUUCAUGAAGCUGUCCGUUCCAAGCUGCCAUGCUAAUGACUAAUAGUAUUGAAGUAAUAACCUCCUUUUUUUUUUUGUAUGUAUUGCACAUGUUAUUUUUAGAAGAGUCUAAGGAUCCUCUUAUUCAUCAUCUGGAAUUGAGACUUUUAUUCACUUGGACCUAAGCAAUCUAUACAUAAAAUGUGUGUCUUUUAUUCUUUUAUUCACAUCUUUUUUUUUUUCUAGCUCAGUUGAACUUAGGGAAGCAUCAAACCCUUCAUUUUUAUGAAUUAUUGAACUUAAGAGUAUCACUGGCCAGUAAAAAUGCAUUGAAAUAACCAAGCAAUUAGUAAGUCUUUUGGCCUCACUAAACUGAACACUUUCUGAAAGCGUAUUCAUCAUGGAUCACUCUGAAAUGUAUGAAGAUCUUAACAAUCUGAGUAAAAAAAAUCCUUUAUUAAAGGUACUGUUAGGAAACUGGGGAAAUAAGAAUAAAAUCUGCUCAUUUGAAAUGAUUUCAAACUAUAAAUGAAUACAGUCUGUCAGUGAGAUGUUUACAAUAAUGUCUUUUCUUUAGAUUACCUGGAUACAAAAGCAAGCACUUUUUUUUUCAUUAAAACAACUAUAUACUAGUAAAAACUGUCAUGAUAGUAUUAACAUGGAGAAAUUUUGAGUAUGAAAUUCAGGGAUAAAUUACUGUCCAUGUCUGUGUCUUCAAUAUUGUAAGCAGCAGCCAUUAAUAUAAUUUCAGAUUAACACCAAUUUUGUUCCCUGAUAGCUAGGGCUGAAACAGUCUAUGCUGUUUUAAAUUUCUACCUCUAGCAGAUCUUUAUUGGAGGGAGUUUUCCUUUGUAUUUUAUGUUAAUCAUUCUGUUUCCUGUAGCUUGGAAAGUAGAGAUGACAAAUAUAAUGUUUUAACCUUUUCUUGGAGAAAAGUAUGUUUGAAUAUUUUUAUAGGUAAUUGUGAUGGCAUUAAGCGACCUCUGUGGCAAUUUGGAUUAGACUUAAUCUCAGUAAUGUACUGGAAGCAUAAAUGUCAUGUUUUAUUAGGAAAACUUACUUGUAAGUUUACACCUUUAUAUGGUCAUUUGGGUUGGGGGAGUCACUACAUGAUUUGACAUCUUACCAAUAGGAGCUUUUCUGCAUAUAGUAAGGGAGCUCUUGUGCCCUUUAUGCAGUAAAGAAAUACAUGAAGCUAAUUUGACUUGUCGAUUUAUGGAAGCCUAUACCUAUUGAGGUUUUUUUGGUUGUUUUUAAUUAUUUCUCUUUUUUGGCAGAUGUUCUUUAGUGGGAAUUCUCAUUUUCUACCACAUGAAUAAACUUGAAAUAAAUUGCUCCCCAAAAUUAUUAUUAAGAAAGAGAAUUAAAAGGAACGUAGGUAUUUAAAAAAUCUACUGAAAGAAAUGCACGCUGGUUUUGAGUGUUUUAGAAAAGCUCUUUAUUCACUGACUGUUAUUCACUUUUUUAUGUGUAUCAAAACAUGACCUUGUUCUUCUGAGGCAAAAACAAGUUGACACAUGGGUUGGCUUUAUUACUUAACACUUAUGAUAUCAGGUUUUAUUCUUUAAUAAUGUUACUUAUAUUUAUAAAUUAUAGCUUACAUUUUAGUUAAUUCUAAAAUCAGUUUUGUUUUUUAUUUCUCCCUCAUAUUAUGAAUAUUUUUAAUGUUCUACAUUGCUUUUUUUUUCUCAGAGCUUUUGCAGUUGAUAUAUUCUAAACUUGAAGAUUGUGAUAUUAAUCAGAAAUGGAAAUGUCACUGGAGGAUUUAAUUUUGUAUUUCUUAUAUGUAGUCCUACUAAAGUGUGUAAGCCUUAAAAGUAUUUUAAUUUUUCUUAAAUUAGCUUUAUACACAAAUGUUUUCAUUCAUUUUCAUAAAGCUGGAGGAGAUAGGCCAUUCUGCUUACUGGGUUUUUUGUGUUUUCCAUAAUCUGACUGAAGUAGUGCAGGUUAGGGUAUGUAAAGCAAGUGAGCAAAGUAGGACAUGUAAAAUAUAAAGAGAAGCUGUAUAAAUCACAGUAUAAAAUUAUGAAGUUUUGGAAUUGUAAAAUGUACUGUAUUUAUAUGUAAUUCUCAUUCUAAAAGAUGCCACAAAGGCUGAAUUGGAAGCUUCAUCUCUGCAUGAAAUUUCCUAUAUUUUUAUGUGUAUGAUGGACUUGAUUUUUCUUGAUUAAAGUCUGCCAAUUGCUAUGAAACAA